AUGUCUCUGGUUCAACCUGAUGUACGGACGCUGGACCUGCACCUCGGGGUCGAACUGCGUUGGUCGGAAGCGGUCCACGGACGCGUUGAGGGCGCCACCCUCCGGAGACUCCAACGCGCGAACAAGCGCGCAACCAGCCGUCUGGCACCUCGCCUCCAGGAGGCGGUGGACGCGCGCGGGUGCGCGCCUCGAGUGCGACACCCUCACGCGACCGCGGCCCCGCCCCCGGCCCACGGGCCGCGGCCUCAGGUCUCGGAUCCCGAGCUGCACGAGUCGACGUCGCGGCAGGUCGGCGCGUAA